AUGCCUACUACUGAGGAUGUCAUGGUCGUUCUCCGUCUCACAACGAUCAGAAGUCGUCUUGAGAUUAAAAUCUUACGUUACAAGAUGCUCGCCGAUAUCAGAAUGGAAAUAUGAACGAAUUACCAGCGUCUUCACGUUGCGCUUCUUUGUCGUCGCUCUCCUCGCCGUUUGUCUUUUUGCUGUGUAUUUCAACGCGUUUCGGAUGCCUUUAAUUGAAUGGCCGGCAAACGGAGAUGUCGAUUUCGACCCUAGAACGCGUGGCAAAGCAUCAAAGAGUGUUCGACAGGAUUGGUCACGUGGUAUUGUUAUUGAUGCCGGGAGUAGUGGGUCGCGUGCCUAUCUGUACCGCUGGCUCCAGCAUUCCGGGAAUCCAGAAGAAUUACUGAGAAUUGAGCAGAUGAAAGAUGGCAAUGGAAGAGGGAUGGUGAAAAAGCAAGAACCAGGAAUCUCUUCAUUUGUGGACGAUCCUCAGAAAGCAUUUGAUUCACUGCGGCCACUACUUGAUUUUGCUGCUACAAAUAUUCCGGAGUCGAGCCAUCGAGAUACUCAGCUCUUUGUCUUGGCAACUGCUGGUCUUAGACUUCUACCUCAGGAAAAGCAGGACAGGCUGUUGCAGACGUUGCGGUUGAAUAUCAGAAGCAAUUAUGUGUUUCAUUUGCCUGACACUCACGUGGAGGUUUUGUCUGGCAGAAUGGAAGGAAUCUAUGGCUGGAUUGCUGUGAACUAUGUUCUGGGUAGAUUUGAUCAUUCUCGCACAACUUUUAGCAGCAGCAGUCCCGUUCCACAACAGUCAACUGUGGGAGCAUUAGAUCUGGGAGGAGCUUCGGCACAGAUCACAUUUGAAGUCGAUGACAAAACGUCGAUUCUUCCAUCCAAUACAGCGAUCAUCAACCUUGGCUGCGAUUCUCACAGCACGAUACAUUCCCAUCGGCUCUAUGUGACGACUCUCCUCAGCUACGGCUCCAACGAGGCUCUCUCUAGAUAUCACAACUUUCUUCUCGAUACGCGUCACACGUCCACGAAUGCAUCACUGUCUAUAGUCACUGAUCCUUGUCUUCCUCUCAACAGACGAGAAGUUGUGACUGUGAAAGAGAGAAACGUUCAGUUGUCGUUGAUUGGGAUUGGAAAUUUUACGGAUUGUCGUCGGAUGUUGAGGAAUGUUAUUGACAAGGCGUUGCCUUGUGGUAAGGUACCUUGUGUGAGUGAUGGGGUUGCUUCACAGCCACCAGUUGGUCAGCAGAGUGACUUCUUUGGAGUCGGGGAGUAUUGGUUUACGACAGACAUGGCAGGAUUGAGUGGUUUAUAUGAUGCGCGGAAGUUUGAAAGAGUAGCAAUGGCUUACUGUCACACAAGAUGGUCACAACUGGAACGUCACUUCAAGUCCAAGCUUUACCCAAAACAUGCAGGAUGGGAUCGUUUGAGAUUGCAGUGUUUCAAGUCGGCUUGGUUGUCGAUCAUGUUGCAUGACGUAUAUCACUUUCCUCGCAACUCCAGCUUCCAUCUGACGACAACCGAGCAGAUCAAUCAUCACACAAUCCAAUGGACUCUCGGAGCCAUCUUAUUCAAGACACGCUACUUGCCACUGCGCGAAGUCCAGAGACACAACUUGCAAAAAUCACAACACAACGACAGAGCCGAUGGACACAAAUUUAGUUUUCUGAUAUUUAUUGUUAUUUGUGUGGCACUUUUUGUGUUUUAUUUGUAUUGGACUAAAAGAAAGAGUGUCGGGAGAAUAGUGUCACCACAACCUCGGUUUUUCGCCAAAGGUCGUGUUUUUAAAUUCAGUGAGUCGUUGGACGAGAACGUGUGAAGGAAGAGAUAUAUUGUUAUAUUGAGUAAAAUGAAUUUGUGUAUAGAAAUUUGUCUAUGAACUGAGGCAUAUAGUGUACGGUCAUAGAAGAUGUUAUUUAUAUGAAUUUAAAUUAUAUUCUUAGUACACUGUGUUACUUCAAUUUUAUUUGAGUAAACGGAUGGUUUCUAAGGCAGUAGAAAUAAAUAAAUAAUAAAU